CUAUCACUUUUUUCCCCCCUUUCCAGUUUCUUCAAUAGUAACUUCAACACUCUGCUCCCCUCCUAACCUCGUCCACCUCCUCGCUAACCCUAAAACCAAGUCAGAUUAUUCAAUGGGGAAGAAAAUAAAAAGGAAGACAAAAAAUAUACAAAAUGAGAGGGCGGUUUCCUCUGAUUCCUCUAGAACAUCUUUGGCAAAAUUAAAUCCACCUCCUGUGAAUGUGAAUAAUGACUCUUUGCUGGUAGUGGAGAAAAAGCUGUGUAGCCAUAUUUUCGAGGGUGUCCAUUUUGAUAAAAUUUCUUCGAAAAUUAGUUCAUCAGAAUCUGUUAAGUGUAGGGAUUGUAGAGAACAUGCUAGUGAGAGGAGGGGAGGCAAAGGAAGGAGCAAGCACGGGAAGAAGAACGGAGCAGGCUCUAUGCAAAAGAAAACAGAAUUAAAACCUGUUUGGGUGUGCUUAGAAUGUGGGCAUUUUUCUUGUGGGGGUGUUGGAUAUCCAAAUAUUCCACAAACACAUGCCUUCCAGCAUUACAAGACCAGCCGUCACUCUUGCAUCAUUCAAUUUAGCAACCCCAAACUACGAUAUUGCUUUCAGUGCGCUGCGUUAAUCCCUUUUGAAAAAUCAGAUGAUAAUGGUGAGCCGAAAGACCAUCUAGGUGACAUUGUAAAGGCAAUUAAAGGAAAGUCAUCGAGAGGAUCUUCAAUGGACCCCGAAGAUGUUGGAGGCAUAAUGAAAAUUGAAAAUGCUGAAUCUUUGGUUCUGGACGGAAGUGGUCGGUACAUAGUGCGAGGCUUGCUCAAUCUUGGAAACACCUGCUUCUUUAAUUCCGUUAUGCAAAACCUUCUAUCCAUGGACCCAUUGCGCGAUCACUUGAUGAAACUGAAUCGGUUUGCUGGACCUCUUACUAUAUCACUGAAGAAACUUUUCAUUGAAACAAGCCUCAUGUCAGACUCAAGAAAUGGGAUAAGUCCUAAAAACCUAUUUGGAUGCAUUUGUGCUAAGGCCCCCCAGUUUAGCGGAUAUCAGCAACAGGACAGCCAUGAGUUACUUCGAUGCUUACUUGACGGGCUGUGUACCGAAGAGUUGGCUGUGAGAAAAUUACAUAACACUGAGAAAGAUGUGACCAGUUCAAAUUCGUCUCCCGUCUUGGUGGAGAUGAUCUUUGGAGGCCAACUAUCUAGUACUGUAUCUUGUGUAGAAUGUGGUCACUCAUCUAAUGUGUAUGAGCCUUUUUUAGACCUAUCACUGGAAGUACCAACGAAGAAACAUUCGUUAAGGAAACCAUCAGUACUCAGUCGACCUAAGAAAAAGAAAUUGCCUCCAAGAAGGGAAGUAAGAAAAGGUGGAAAGAUCCAGGUAAAGGAAAAAAAUGAUGGUGUUCUUGUAUUGGCUAACACCUCUUCAGCCAUAUCGGGAAACAAGGAGUCUUCAUCAGGACCAGUCUUUUUGCCUCUCAUGGAAGAAGCACUUGAUAGUAUUUCAUGGUUGGAUUAUCUUGGACCAGAUGCAGCAUUAGAUAAGGGUGUUUUGCUCUCUCAAAAUAAUGAUGAUCCAGUUAUGCAAGCUUCUGAGGAGAAACUAUCUGAUCAAACUGAUAUGAUACAGAAUAACUCGGACUCACAAAGCCAGGUUGUCUCCGCAAAUAAGGAAUCCACACCUGAUUUGGAUUCUUCCCAGGAAAACUCUUGUAAGGAUGAACUCCCUUCACAGGCUCCAGAUUCUAAAGCUAUUUUGCUUCCAUAUAAAGAGGACAUUUCAAAUACUGAGGAUAUAUUGACCAAGGAAGCUGAGACAUCCUUGUCUGUUGCGGGCUGUCGACAAGAUACAGGGUUUGAUGGCUUAGGAGAUUUGUUUAAUGAACCGGAGUUGGAUUCUGUUCCCAACUCAGGAUCUUGGUUUGGUGAAAAAAGCUUCCCAGAAAAUGAUAUGUUAGAAUCCAAGUUUUUUGCGGGAAACAGUACAGGAUCUGAUGCUGAUGAAAUUGACGAUAAGGGUGCACCAGUUUCCAUAGAUACUUGUUUAGCACAUUUUACAAAAGCUGAACUUCUUCUUUCCAGUGAACAUGGUUGGCUUUGUGCGAAUUGUUCUAAGAUUAUGCAAGAUCAAGUACCAGAAGAAAGUAAGGAAUGCCAGCCAACUAUUGGUCUGAAUUGUCAGAUCAAUGAAGGUCAAAGUUCUUUAUUGGAUAUAGAUGAAAAUUUAGACAGGGGGAAGCAGGAUAGUGAUAUUCAUUCCACAUCAACUAAUCAGACCCCAGUCUCCCAGUUGGUGAGAUCUGAUGGUUCAACAAACUAUUCUAAACGUAAGAGUAUUACUGAGGAUCAAGAAAGUAAUGCUGAUCUUAUAGUUGGCACGUCUAAUUGUCAAGUCGAUUAUUCAUGUAAUGCAAAUGGGUCAGGUACCACUGUAAGUUGUAUUAAUCGAGCAGAAAAUAUGGAUUCGGAUUGUUCAGCCGCAGCGCAGGAAUCUGGUGAAGGCGAGGAAGUGGACUCUAAAAGUCUGAAAGUAAAGAGGGAUGCGACUAAAAGGAUUCUAAUUAAUAGUGCUCCUUCAAUUCUCACCAUUCAUUUGAAGAGGUUCAGCCAAGAUACUCGUGGUCGCUUAAGUAAAUUGAGUGGCCAUGUUAAUUUUGAAGAAACAAUCGAUCUUCUACCAUAUAUGGACCCCAGGUCUGUUGGGGAAGGCGAGUACAAAUAUUCUCUGCUUGGAAUUGUGGAGCACUCGGGAACUAUGAGGGGAGGCCAUUAUGUUGCAUAUGUGAAAGGUGACAAAAGCAGUGGGAAGAAAGAGGAAGAUAAUGAGGAUUCUACAUGGUAUUAUGCUAGUGAUUCCCACAUACGUGAGGUUUCUCUAGCAGAAGUCCUCCGAUCUGAAGCGUAUAUAUUAUUUUAUGGAAAAAGGUAAGAUGUUCUAUUUGUUAUUAUUGUUGGUGUUUUGAUAUUAGUGUCAUGGAAGAGAAUCAAUCAUCCAACAGAGGGGGAGGUAGGGAGAGGAAAGAAGACAUGCGGAGCAAAGGAAAAUCCGAUUAAAAGAUGUAAAGAAAAGGUGAAAAUUAAAGUUUUUGUUUUUGUUUCCUACGGACCCUUAAAAAGGGUUCAUUUUGCUAAAUCAUAGAAAGCUGGUGAAGGUGGAAGAAUGAUAUUAUGAUGUUCAUGGGUUUGUGACGGGAUACAAAUUUUUGAUGUAUCAAAUACUAGUGGUGAAAAAUUCAUUAAUAUUUUCAGGAAAUUGUUCUUAUUCAGUGUC